AUGGGAAUGUUAGCGAUAAGCAAGGAAGGAGACUUCACAGAGAGCUUCAAGAAAGACAUUAAUUUAAGCGACUUCUAUAAGCCGGAUCAGUUAGGUGAUGUUACCACUGAAAAAUCUACAAGCUUGAAGAAAAGGGUGGGAAAUCUGAAGCUCCAAACUACAUUCUCAUUUCAAUAUCUGGUUUCAGAGAAUUCUGGUUCAAAAGAGCAAGUUGAGGACUUGUUCAACAAACGAAACCCUGCAGUUUUGUUACAAAAACCAGGACAAAUGUCUUCUCCAAAGUCCUCUGCCGAGCUUGAUGUAGCUGCAGUAAAGCUUCAGAAAGUUUACAGGAGUUACAGGAUUAGAAGAAAUUUGGCAGAUUGUGCAGUUGUUUGUGAGGAGCUAUGGUGGAAGGAUUCAGUGAUUACUUUUAACGAGUGCUCUAUAUCUCAUUUUGACUCAGACAAAUCCGAAACAGCUAUUUCAAAAUGGACAAGAGCUAGGACGAUGGCUGCUACGGUGGGAAAAGGUUUGUCCAAAGAUGAUAAGGCGCAGAAAUUAGCUCUAAGGCACUGGCUUGAAGCUGUUGAUCCUCGUCAUCGAUAUGGGCACAAUCUGCAUUUCUACUAUAAUGUCUGGUUUCAUAGCCAAAGUUAUCAGCCUUUUUUCUACUGGUUGGAUGUUGGAGAUGGCAAAGAAAUAGACCUUGAAAUAUGUCCUAGAAAGCAAUUGCUGAGGCAGUGCAUAAAGUACCUUGGACCCGAAGAGAGGGAAGCGUAUGAAGUGAUUGUGGAGGGAGGCAGGCUUGUUUAUAGACAAAGCAAGGACCAUGUACACACUACCGAGGAAUCCAAGUGGAUUUUUGUUCUUAGCUCAUCUAGAAAUUUGUAUGUUGGGCAGAAGAAGAAAGGUCAAUUUCAGCACUCCAGUUUUCUAGCUGGUGCUGCUACCAUUGCAUCAGGAAGAUUGGUUGCACACAAAGGAGUUCUUCAUGCUAUAUGGCCCUACAGUGGUCAUUACCGUCCAACAGAAAAGAAUUUUAGGGAAUUCAUUUGCUUCUUGGAGGAACACAAUGUGGAUAUGACAAAUGUAAAGAAAUAUCCAGUUGAUGAUGAUGUGCCACCUUCUAGACAUAUCAAAGAGGAGCUGAUAGAAGUGAAUUCCAGCAACUCUGCCACUGUCAAUAAUUAUCGUCAAGAAAAUGUAGGUCACUUUGGUAGCAAUAUGGUGGAGGCUUCACUUAAAGAGAACAAGUCAUUGUCAAGCAAAUGGACUACUGGAGUUGGUCCUAGAAUUGGAUGUGUGAGAGAGUACCCAGAAAAACUCCAAGUUCAGGCACUUGAACAGCUCAAUCUUCCACCUAGAGCCAACCGUGAAAUAUUUGCAGGAAAAGCACCCAUUCCCUCUCCGAGGCCUAGUAUAAAAGUCCAUCUGUCACCUAGGCUUGUGAACAUGGGUCUUCCUAGCCCAAGGGUACAUGUUUCUCCUCUUUAA